AUGUUGGAACUGCUUGCGGGGAACAGCAGCGAGGCCGUCACCCUGAGAGAACACAUUGUCUUCAAGAUCAUCCCAAUGAUGAACCCGGAUGGAGCUUACCUUGGGAAUUACAGAUCUUCCCUCAUAGGCUGCGACCUGAACCGCGCAUGGGGAGAGGCCAACGAAUGGGGACACCCGACGGUCCACGCGGCCAGGGAACUCAUUAAGGAACUGGAUCAGGCGCCGUGGUGUGAACUGGACCUGGUACUUGAUCUUCACGCCCACUCAUCGCUUCUGGGAACCUUUAUUUACGGAAAUUCCUAUGACGACGUUUAUAGACACGAGCGCCACAUCGUGUUUCCGAAAAUGAUGAGUCAUGCCUGUGAGGACUACUGCCACGACAACACCAUCUAUAACAGGGAUCCUUCGAAGGCCCAGUCUGCGCGCAGGUGGUUGUGCAGUAACUUGAAGGACAGCACUAACGUAUAUUCGAUCCACACCUCAAUAUACGGUUAUAGAAACAGCAAAGGUGUUAUUGUACCAUACACCGAAGAUCUCUGUAUCCUUUUGAAGUUGUGA